UCUGACCUUUCGUCAAAGCCCACCACUGGAGAUUAUCGGACGACCAGAUGAAUCGUGGUGCAGUCGCUUAUGGUCAGCUUGGAUUGCCAGCAAACAUACACUAUACAUACAGUAAGGUACAUCGUUUGCGAAAGAGGGUGGAUGCCAGCCCGUCAUUUGGGUUCCACUUCCGGUCGCUCCCUCAGACCAAAGCAACCUAAAGGUUAUCAACAGCUUUCUUUGCUAUUCCCUGACUCUUCUCUCUCACUUUCGCACACUCUGUCAUCCCUCUCUUUCUUCCAUUCCUCUCUUCUUCUUUUCUCUCUCUCUCUUUCCCUUCCCUUUUGUCACACGUUUCCCAGGUUUUGGAGCGGUUUCCAAGAUGCCUCUCGGAAUUCACAACCCGCUACCUUCGUCUCUGUCAAGCGAAUGCAAAAAGGCUGGCAAAAUUCUUGCAUCCUUCGUGGACCCACGACAAGCUUUUGGCCCUGAUAAGGUCAUUCCUCCUGAAAUUCUAGCCGGUGCUAAAGGCCUCGCCAUUCUUACUGUCCUGAAAGCCGGCUUUCUGGGCUCCGCUCGGUUCGGUUCAGGGGUCGUUGUCGCCCGCCUCGCAGAUGGCACUUGGUCGGCUCCCUCGGCCAUUGCGACAGCAGGUGCCGGGUUUGGAGGCCAAAUAGGGUUUGAAUUGACCGACUUCGUCUUCAUCCUCAACGAUGCUGCCGCCGUUCGCACAUUUUCGCAAGUGGGGACCUUGACACUAGGUGGUAAUGUCUCGAUUGCUGCUGGACCGAUCGGGCGAAAUGCCGAGGCUGCAGGCGCGGCAAGCACGAAGGGUGUCGCGGCGGUGUUCUCAUACUCCAAGACUAAGGGUCUGUUUGCUGGUGUGAGUUUAGAGGGCAGCAUGCUCGUGGAGCGCAAAGAUGCGAACGAGAAGAUGUACAACAGUCGAGUCUCGGCAAAACAGCUACUGAGCGGAACCAUCCGGCCUCCUCCUGCGGCAGAACCCCUGCUACGUGUUCUGAGCUCCCGCGCUUUCUAUGGCAACUCUCGGCAAGGAGACACGAUGUAUAAUGACAUUCCUGUCUAUGACGAUAGCCAUGACGAUGUGGUGUGGGAGGGUCGACGAGGCGAUGCCUACGGAGAAGGCGUGCGGCGGGAGCGCACGGGAGUGAAUAGCAAUGACGACUAUGAGUACCGGGAUCGCCCUCGUCGUGCGAAUACGUGGGCCGAUGAUAUCUAUGACCGACCUGCGGCAGGUCUGAGUCGAUCAUCCACGACCCGCAAUAGCAGCCGCCCGGAUGCCUACGAGACUUUUAACCGCAAUCGUAGCAACACUGCUCCUAUCGAUGAGGAUUAUGUGUAUUCCGACCGCAAACCCAGUCGCCCCACAGCUCCAAAGCCAAUUUUUGGACAAAGGACAGGAGCUGCUCCUACACUUCGGCAGGAUCAGGCAAUUGCGUUGUACACAUUUGACGCUGACCAGGAAGGCGACCUGGGCUUCAAGAAAGGCGAUAUUAUCACGAUCCUCAAGCGGACUGAAAAGGCCGAGGAUUGGUGGACGGGGCGGAUUGGAGAUCGAGUUGGAAUUUUCCCCAGCAAUUAUGUCGAGACUGCUUAAACCCUUGAUUCCCCUGCUUUAGCUCACGCGAAAUGAUAUUCUUAUGACAACCCACUUUCCGUCCGUUCUCAGUGCUUUCCUGAACACUCGUCCUACUUUACCCUUUCAGUUUCGCAUAGGUGCCGUUUUCUCUUGCAAAGAUGUGUCCUUCAUGCAAUUUUAGGUAGCCGUUCUGGACAUUCUUAUAUCAGCGCCGGAGUUCACAUUGAGUUGAUUAGUGAACGCAGAUUCAGUUUGCACAGAUAGGCAUGAUCUAGGGUUCCAUACUUGAUUCUUGCGUUUUCAACUGGGCUGCGCUUUGGAUGCGCAGGUUCGUGAUUAUGCAUAGUUACCGUCUCCGCUUCCAGUCUAUACAUAAGCUUC